AUUCGCAAAUGUCGCCAAACGAUAACGUCAUCUGCAUAGUGUUCUUCGACAGGUGGCGUGAUGGAGGAGCGCGAAAGGUGGGGGUGAAUAGACGGAUGUGAGCGCAGGUGAGGGGCAACAGCCUUCCGAGGAUCACUCCAGGUGAGGCAAUCCGGUGUCAGUGAGCAGGGUAAACGUUAUGUAAAGACAUUUACACCCUGCGGUUAGGGUGAUUUGCAUUCCUCAAGAAUCUUUUGAGAGAUAUACAAGAUGCUGUUCGUUGAAUGCAGAGGCACACCGUACGAGAUAGGUUUUGAACAUGGCCAAGCAGCCAAACGCCAGGUCGAUCGCUGUAUCACCUUCUACACAAAGCUUUUUCUGAAGAAUUGUAAGAUGGAGUGGCCGCAAGUCCUGCAACAUGCAUCCAAGUUCGAGCGACAGGCAAAAUCACAAUGGCCAGCAUACCAUGAAGAAAUGCAAGGCAUAGCCGACGGUGCUGGGAAAGAGCUGUUGGACAUCGUAGCCAUCAAUGUGCGAACCGAGAUCAAUUUCGGUCUAUUCAGUGAUGGGUGUACGGCGCUGGCGUGGCAUACUGAGAAGAGGGCGUGGUUGGGGCAGAAUUGGGACUGGGUGACAGAGCAGAAGCAAAACCUAAUCAUCACUAAGAUCACACAGCCAGAUAAGCCCACCAUCAUCCAGGUCACUGAAGCCGGCAUCAUAGGCAAGAUCGGAUUCAACAGCGCAGGCGUAGGCACUCUCUUCAACGCCAUCAGAGUCCAUGGCGCCGAUUCAACGCGUCUGCCAGCACACUUUGGGCUGCGUAUGGCGCUUGAGAGUAGUUCUGUCGAAAAUGCUGUACAAAAGCUAGAGGGAUAUGGCAUGGCCUCCUCGGCACACAUACUUCUCGGGGACCCGAAUACCUCUUUAGGUCUGGAGUUCACGAAGUCAACGUUCGCACACUGCGAGUCAGAUGCUGCGGGGCGGAUUGUUCAUGCAAACCAUCUGCUGAAAGAGCAUCUGGGCGAAACAGACACAGUGUGGCUGAAGGACUCAUUGACGCGAGUCCCCACAAUGACGGCAAAUGCAGCGUCGCUGGGUGCUGAGCCUAGCUGGGAGGCAUUCAGUAAGCUGUUCGAGGACGAGCAGAAUGCGCCGGGUUCGAUUUGUAGGACUCAGACAAAGGAGACUGGGAGCGCGACGUUAUUCAAUAUCGUGAUGGAUCUGAGGAGUAAGAAGGCGGUGGUGAGAUUGGGCAGACCGACAGAGCCGGAGGAGACUAUCGAUAUGCAAUUGUGAGCGGACUCCGACAGGCAAGCAUCCUGUGUCAACAUGUUAUAGUUCUGCCUCCCAGCCAGUUGUAAGAACCCUCUACGGUGCACCCCGGUCUGUCUUUUGGAAGAAAUGGGACAUGUUGUUAUGUGAUAGUAGGUAUGCGUCGUAGCAGAGCUGCAUAAUCUGCAACAGUACCUAGGUACGGCAGCCGGUCUUCGAUCUGCUGCUGUGAGGCAUUCAAUUCUGUUGCGACACACUUGUCCUAGAUGUGUGAGUGCAGGUGUGUCCACUGAUCAUUCCCAGGGGUGCUCUCGGUUCGGCGCGUAUGAUGAGGCGUUGACAGGUAUCGCUCAGAAACGUGUACCAGUAGGAACGUUCCCAGCAAACUGGUGGUCCAGCUAUCGCUGCAUGCAAGUAGAUAUCUGUGAGGAUCCCACGUCAAACGAGUCGUGGUUUAUGUGACCUCCAGUAUGCAGAAGCU